AGGUUGGACUUUUUGCCUCUGAUACGUCGCAGUUAUUGCAUUACGAUGAUGAUGAACUCGUUCCAGCAUCAACCGGUGACGUCAAUGGUCGACCGGAUGACCAUCAACAGUAACGUCGAUGCCGGCGGAAGGUGUCCCGAGGCGCUUAGCGGACCGUCCGUCUUGGCGGAAGAAUUCAUUCUGCCGGAAUCCAAGUCGGCGACCAUCGUCCUCGAUCCUCGGCGCUUCAUUCCGCAUCACCAACAGUUCAAGGUGACUCUUAGAAAAGGUGAAAUGAUUUCCAAUCCGUCGUCCAACCUGUGGCCGAUGUCCAUAGAAGUGGCGACGGAAUGCCGGAUGCAAAAUGUCGAAUGCGCCAUGGUGACCCAGCAAUCCGGCGGAAGCAACAAUCAUUUGCCGCUGAUAUUCACAACGACACGCCCGGUGGAAAAGGGCCAGCGAUUGUAUUUCUGGUUCUCCGAGUCGAUGCUGGCCCGUCUCGAAAUGCCUUUCCUUGUGCCAAAAAACAUCCAGGCCGGCGACCGAUACGUCUGUCACCGAUGUUCCAGUGUCUUUGUCAAUCCGAAUCCGCUCAAACUUCACCUGUUCUUCCAUUGUUCCAACCGGGCCGUCUCUCCGUCCGCCUUGUGGAGCAGAGUCCUCCACAUGUUGACGGCCUCGUCCAGCCCGGAAGUGCCGCCAGUAGUCCAGUUCCCGUCGUCACGAAAUAUCAUUUGCAAACCGACAGCGACUCAUCUGUUCCAGCUGUCGCCGUUCGGCAUGGCGGCCGGCAAUAACCAGCAGCAGCAGCAACAGCAUCGGAUUCAUUCCGGGCCCGGUAUCACCGGACCUAGUCCAGCAGCUCAAGUGGAGACCAUCGUCAGCCACCUGGGCCGCUCCAAACACGGCCACAUUUGCAUUUACUGCGGCAAAAUCUAUUCGCGCAAGUACGGGCUCAAGAUCCACAUCCGGACACACACGGGCUACAAGCCGCUCAAGUGCCCAGUGUGUUCCAGGCCGUUCGGAGACCCGAGUAACCUCAACAAACACAUCCGGCUGCACGCCGAACACCACCACCACCAGGUGGGGAUAACGGGAGAUAAAACAACGCCCUACAAAUGCGAAUUGUGCGGUAAGGUGCUGGUCCGAAGACGCGAUUUAGAUCGUCACAUUCAGUCGAGACAUUCGUCCGGGGACUCGUCAAACGUCCGUCAUCAGCAUCAGCCAAAUUCGGCCGAUUCGAUCGACUGUCCGUCCCCGUUGAGUUCGACCCACAGCAGCAGCAGCAGUCACAGCAGCGGCAGCAACAAUAACAGCGGCCGGGAAGAUAGCGAUGUCGAAGAUGAAGACCAGUUAGAUGUGGUUGACAUCUGUUAG